AUGGCACCAGACGACUCACCAAUGACUAGUACCAGCACCAGCUCCGAUGACGAACCCGUCGAAAGCCUUGUGGAGGGACGAGCCCGGCGGAGCACCGCGGGCAAGAACAUGGGUGCGCUUCUUGAUGCAGAGGCCGACGAUGAACUCGCCCUCCUGUUCGCGGAAGAAGAAGAUGAUGAAGAAUUCACAAGUGGCGAUGAAGGUGCUGCGGGGGAGGAAGGUGAAGUUGCUGAGGAUGAAGUGGAUGACAUGCAACUUGAUUCUUCAUCAGAUGACGAAGAUGACCAGGGCCCUAAUGCGCAGGAGGAUGAGUUAGAAGGAGAGAAGGAGCUCGAGAGACAGGCUAGAGCGGAGCGGCUGGCGAGGAAGCGGAAGGAGCAGGACAGUAUGAUGAAGAUUCCGGCGUUUCGGAAAAGGGUGAAGAUUAACCCGACCGCGACGAAGGAGGCCAGUGAGACUGGGGGUGUGCAGCCGCGCCCUAAGAAGAAAUCGGAGCGGGUAUCGUGGUUGCCGACGCCAGAGGAUGGUCCAACUCGUUCCUCGUCUAGAAGGCAGACGAUGCAGAACAAGGAGCUCACGCACGCGAGGUUAAAGGAUAGUGAACAGAGGCGAGUGAGACUGAUAGCGACGAUGGAGGAGGCCGCAAGGCGCAAGGAGAAAUUGAAACCGAAAGUGAUGACGCAGCAGGAGCGAUUGGCGGAGGCAGCAAAGACGGAGCGGCUGAAUAGUAAGAGCUUGAACCGGUGGGAACAGAUGGAGAGAAAACGAAGCGCUGUUGCGACAUGGUGGAGUGGACUUGCGAAAUGGGUUAAUGGGAAACUGACACAGGUCGGUACGAAGGAAAUUAGACGGGUGCCGGAGGUGGAGAAGAAAAAAAAGGGUGUUAAGGAUAAUGAUCAUUCUCCUAGGAGGGGUAAAUCUAAGAAGACGGACAGGGUUGGGGAAGAAGGUGGUGGUAAAACUAUCCCACCACUUCAGGAAAAAAGUCCAGAUACGCCGGCUGGGAAACCAGCAGUAGAGGGGCAAACGCAGGAAACGAAGAGAGAUUGCCAACCGGAACAACAGAUCACUUUUACAUCGCCGCAAGAGCCAUCAAAUUUUUUGGAUGGGAUUCAUAUUUACGCCGCUAUGAAAGAUGAUACAGCGCAGGUGUCUGCCAUAUCUGGCCAAACGCCAUCUUCUACGCAGGCACAACCAGUACCGGGACCAGUACCUGAAGCAUCAAAAUCCUCGGCGGUGCCUAAACCACCCUCAAAAACUCCGCCGUCUCAAUCAGUAUCAAUGGAAGGAACAUCAAUGACUGAAGCGAUCCCGGAAUAUUCUGAAGUCACGUCGAAGGGAUCGGAAUCGACCCUGCUGCCAACCAAACCAGAGAAUCAAGAAUCCCAGAAGCUAUUUCCGCAGAUAGAAAUGGUAACUAGGUCUGAAGGAAACCCAGCAGCAGCAGCAGCAGCAGUGGCAUCACCAUCGUUAUUACAGCAGCAAAAGGAUAACCAACCCGGACCACCAACCAUACAUAUCGAUGAGAAUAUCAGAGAUGCUCAAGAUCAGCGGACACAGAUUCAGAUGCAAUCUGAAUCAAAAUCUCCGCUCACACACCCUCCUACCGCCCAACCACUAGAAGCUCAACCAGAACAAUCACAACUACCUAUACCUACACCACCUCCAACGAUCGAAUAUUCAUCCCGUAACCUGCUAAUCCUCGAAAGCUUCGAAAAUAAAACCCCACAAGAACGAGAAGAAUUUAACAUAUUCUUCAACUCUCGCAAACCGCAAAAGCUACAAAAAAUCACCCAAGAACUCUGUCCCAUAACCUCCCGCCCAGCCCAUUACCGUGACCCAGAAACAAAGCUCCCGUACGCCAACGCCGUCGCGUACCGCGAGAUCCGCCAGACACUGGCCAAUCGGUAUGCGUGGAGUGGGUUGCUAGGAUGUUUUGUAGGGCCUAUCGGGGUGGGCGCUAGGGGGGUUCCUGAGAGGUUUUUGGCGCCGAAUGCACCACCACCGCCGACUGCGGUUUUGGUGGGUGACGACGGCAAUGGCGGUGGAAUAGUGGGUGAAAGCGGCAGCGGGAAUACGAGGAGCGCAGUUCUUUGUCUGGCCAGAGUUAACCUCAUCUUGGCUUUUCCUCGAAUCGGCACUGGGUUUGGGACAAAGGAUAACUUAACCUUCUCGCAGUAUUGA